ACCCAAAAAUCCACAGGGUAGGCUCAUCACACCGUCGACCACGUCAACACCUCAAGAUCAAGUUUAACAAAAUAAGAUGGGUCUUCAAGAAUACCAGGUUGUCGGGCGCCAUUUGCCCACGGAGUCGGACCCCACUCCCAAGAUCUAUCGCAUGCGCAUCUUUGCACCCAAUGAAGUCGUCGCGAAGUCGAGGUUUUGGUACUUCCUGAGACAAUUGAAGAAAGUUAAGAAAGCCAAUGGUGAAAUCAUUGGUGUUAACGUUAUUCACGAGAAGAAGCCCUUGAAGAUCAAGAACUUCGGUAUCUGGCUCCGUUACGAUUCCCGUUCGGGAACGCACAACAUGUACAAGGAGUUCCGUGAGCUCUCGCGUGCUGAUGCCGUGAAGAGUCUCUACCAGGACAUGGCAGCUAGGCAUCGUGCUCGUUUCCGCUCCAUUCACAUCCUUCGUGUUGUUGAGAUCGAAAAAUCGGAAGAUGUCCGCCGACCAUACAUCAAGCAGCUCCUUGUCCCCAGACUCAAGUUCCCCCUGCCUCAUCGUGUGCCGAAGAUUACCUCGACCUUCAUCGCCAACCGCCCUGCUACCUUCUGAUUGUGGGUACAUGUGGAAGAGAGGCUAAAAUUUACCUGCGAUCUUGUCAUGUAUUCCUUCUAGGUCUUAUUAUGUGAUUCGACCCGCACAUGCAUUAUGGCACUUAUGCCUAUGAUUUCCAAGGUCUCUGCUUUUGCGUACCUAAGAUGCAAACGUGAUCUCCAGUUCCGGACGAAGUCGUUUAUGCAGAGCCAUGUCACCUUGUUAACUUGCAGCAGUCUAUCACACGUUGAAUUGCAGAAAUCCAUAGCACAUUUCAACGUGGUGUGUACAUGAGGACAAAUGCUUGAUGAACAUCGAACGCUCCAUGACAAUCCUGGAUUUGAGAUUGACAUAAGUAUGCCAAUUCACACUCAAAAUCUCCCAAGAAAAAAAAAGUCUGAUCGAUGUUGUUCCCUUAUUGUAUUGUUUCAGACUUUUAUGUCACAGUAUCUCUUCAAAGGCGAUUGCGCCGGCAUCGAUUGCAUGACAUCAUUUGGCAGCCACGGCAGCGGAAAAGAUAGUGAGGCAAAUGCACGUUACAAUUUUCGCAUCGUCCACCCCCGCGACGAUAUGUCCAUCUUGUAUGCGCACAUUCGUGGUUCUCCCUCAGAUCAUCCAUGGCUUCUCGUACCAAUUCUUGCCUGUAAGCCUCCCAAGGAUCAGUCUGAGUUUGCAGACCCGAUGUUCGACGAACUGUGCGAGUUGCGGCUCCAGGGGCAGCAGUAUGUGGCCUUGCAUUGACAGGUGCUGCUACAGGAGCGCGAACCUCUACUCGUGCCGGCACUGCUCGUGGAUGUGCUACUGGCAGAGUGCGAAGGGUUUCCAAACGGGCACGUAAUUGAUCACCAUGUUGAUUUGCUGGGAGAGGUUGUGGUUGUUGCCUCUGUGCAGCAGUACGAGGGGCUUGACCAACCUGAACAUUAGCACGACGUAAUUGAUCAGCAUAUUGGUUUACUGGGAGAGCUUGUGGCUGUUGCCUCUGUGCAGCAGCACGAGGAGCUUGACCAAGCUGAAUAUCAACACGGCGUUCUGCGGCAGCGAGUAACCUGGUCUCAUCCCACUGCGGACAUCUGCACGAUUUCCAUCUGGCUGUGCACACAUAGCAGAAUUCUGUCCUGCAUCGACAAGUCAUAUGGAAGCACCCCAUGUUAAGCUCAAUCAUUUGUGCACAACCUGGACAUUGUGCCCAGCCUUGCCUCUUGCUGAGUGUGAGGACUUGUUCGGUGGUCUGAUCAGGCUGGCAGGAGUGUAGCCAACCGUCAUAUUUGCCUCUGCAUUUCCCGCAGGUAACCAUGGUGCACCCGGGAGCCUUGCACGUGUACGUCUUUCCUCCGAAGCCCUCAUGAAGUGGGCCCAAGAAGUGACUGCAUGCAGGGGCAGCGCAGUAGACACGCUUCAGAGCUCCGAAUUCUACGAUCUUUUCUUGGAAGGUGCGCAACAGAGUUGCGCUUAGGUGAUGUUGUACCAUUGCAAGCGAUAUAUUUUGCCUGCAGCAGCGCGGGGGAAACAAACUUUCGUCACGGGUGGCCGAUUCGAACAGGCUGGUUAUGCACGCAAUAUCGUAGU